GUCACAUAGAGUAAACAAUAUUGAAGACUGUACUGGAGUGAGGAAGACUGAAAAUACUAGUAGUAGUAAUAAGAGCCGUUUUAAGUAAGAACCGAACCGGAGGGACGGUCACCACUCACCAUUAAUGGCAGAGACCUCAGGAAACCCGCGAUAGACCACUCAAUCAUCUUCUGAAUUGAAUGCAUGUUGCAAUUAAUGCCUUCUUCUGUCGGGUACUCUUAUUCCAACUACUUCUCCAUUUCUCUCCAUUAUAUAAACACUUUUCUUCUUUUAAUUCCACCUUUUUAGCCGUACAAAUACCCAUUUAUUAGUGCUUCAUUAUAGAGCUCUCCCUUGGCUUGACCCCGGAGUGGGUUUAUUAUUCUUUUUGUUUUUCUAUCUUUUUCUCUUCUCCCAAUAUAUCUCUGCCAGGAAAAAGAAAAACAUUCCUUUGAUGUUCAGUUUAGCUUGUUUGUUUGCUUUUUUCUUAACGGGUAUUUUUCAAGAUUUGCAUUUCUAGGUUCCAUUUGAAGAAGACAGUUAAAUGGGGUGGCUGAAGAUAUUUCUAACAGUUUUAUUCAUGUGGGGUUUCUUGAUCCAAAAUACUUAUCAGUUAAGGUCCUAUGAAACUGAAAUUCUCCUUCAGUUGCGGAAGCACUUAGAAUAUCCAGUGCAGCUAGAUGUUCUGGAGAAUUACAAUGAUGACUUUUGCAAUUUGGGUUCAACACUGAAUAUGAGCAUUAUUUGUCAGGAUAACUCUGUUACUGAGCUCAAAAUCAAGGGUGAUAAGCUAGUUAAAGUCAACGAAUUUCAUGGUGUUGCAGUCUCAAACAAUACCUUAUCUGAACAUUUCUCCGUUGAAUCUUUUGUUACCACUUUGACGAGGUUGAGUAGUUUAAAGGUUCUAACUUUAGUUUCUUUAGGCAUUUGGGGACCCCUCCCUGCUAAAAUUCAUCGGUUAUCGUCCCUUGAAGUUUUGGAUAUGAGUUCUAAUUUUCUUUAUGGUUCAAUUCCAUUUGAGAUGUCUACAUUGGUGAAGCUUCAUACUUUGACAUUAGAUGGCAAUUUUUUCAAUGAUACUCUCCCUGAUUGGUUGGAUUUGUUGCCAAAUAUUACUAUUUUAAGCAUGAAAAAUAACAGGUUGAAGGGUCAAAUUCCUACUUCAAUUACUAAAAUUACGAGCCUUGCUGACAUUGUUCUGUCACACAAUGCACUUUCUGGUGAAUUACCAGAUUUAAGUGCCCUGUCUAAUUUGCAUUUGUUGGAUUUAAGAGAAAAUCAUUUGGAUUCUCAACUGCCACCCUUGCCACAUGGAUUGACAACUAUUCUGCUAAGCAAUAAUGCUUUCUCAGGUGAGAUUCCGGAAGAAUUUUGCGAAUUAAAUCAGCUUCAACACCUAGAUUUGUCGAAUAAUGCUCUUACUGGAAGGCCUCCUGCUGAUUUGUUCUCUUUGCCAAGUAUUAGUUACUUGAAUUUAGCAUUUAAUGUUCUGAGCGGUUCGCUUCCUGAAAAUCUCAAUUGUGGGGGUGAACUUGGUUUUGUUGAUAUUUCUGAUAAUAGACUUGUUGGUGUGGUUCCUUCUUGCUUGAACGCCAGUUCAGAUAAUCGAAUUGUUAAGGUUAGUGGAAAUUGCUUGUCUGUUGAUACUCAAUAUCAGCACUCGGAGUCUUAUUGCAAAGAAGCAAAUUUGGCAAAGAAACACAACACAGGAAAAGAGAUAGCAAUAUUGGUAGGUGUUGUAGGGGGAACUGUAAUAUUUGUGGUGCUUUUGGCAGCUGUACUUCUCAUCUUCUGUAGAAGACAGCAAGCGCAUCACAAUGUGGAUCAGUACGUGUUUCCCAAAGCUGUGCAUGAUAAUGCGCAACCUAAUAUUUCUGCUGAGCUCCUGGCAAAUGCUAGAAUCAUUUCUCAAGCGGCAGCACUAGGAUCACAAGGUGCCCCAUCAUAUCGGGUGUUCUCCAUGGAAGAGUUGGAAGAAGCUACAGAAAACUUUAAUAAAUCAGCAUUACUCGGUGAAGGCUCCAUUGGAAAAAUUUACAAGGGAAAAUUAGAGAAUGGAACCCAUGUUACUGUAAGAGAAUUGAAUGUUUAUAGAAGAUGCACUAGUUGGAACCUCAAACUUCGAAUGGAUUUGCUAUCAAAGUUUCACCACCCACAUUUAGUAAGCCUUCUGGGUCACUGCAUUGAUGGUGGAGCGCAAGAUGACUCAACUGUCCACAGACUUUUUCUGGUUUAUGAAUUUAUUCCUUGUGGAAAUUUGCGUGCUCGUCUUUCAGAAACUACUCCAGGAAAGGUCCUCAAGUGGUCAGACAGGUUGGCAAUUCUGAUUGGUGUUGCCAAGUCUGUUCACUUUCUCCACACUGGCGUAAUUCCUCCUUCAUAUGGAAAUAGCUUGAAGACAAACAAUAUACUGCUUGACGAGCAUCAGAUUGCAAAACUUAGUGAUUAUGGAAUGUCAAUCCUUAUGGAAGAAAGUGAAAAAGUUGAGGCAAAAGGAGAUGGCUACAACUCCUGGCACAUGACUAAGAAAGAAGAUGAUGUGUAUAACUUUGGUUUCAUAUUACUGGAGUCGCUGGUGGGUCCUAUAGUUAGUGGAAAAGGAGAAACUUUUUUGCUUAAUGAAAUGGCAUCCUUUGGUAGCCAAGAUGGUCGGCGCAGAAUUGUAGAUCCAGCUGUGCUAAUCACUAGCUCGCAGGAGUCUUUGUCAAUUGUAAUAUCCAUCACCAACAAAUGCAUAGCUCCUGAGUCACUGAGCCGCCCCUCAUUUGAGGAUGUCCUCUGGAACCUGCAGUAUGCAGCUCAAGUCCAGGCUACAGCCGAUGCAGAUCAAAGAUCUGAUGCAACUUCAUAGUCAUGAGGUAUUCAAGAAAUUCAACCGCAUCUCAUCAGUAAUUUUUGCUCAUGGCAUGAGCUCCUCGUGCUGCUGUCUCGAGUGGGAGUUGAGUUAGCUGACUUCACUAUGUUUGUGGGAGCACAAAAUGAAUGCAACCCUCAGCCUCAUUCAUGUACAAACUUCUUGUCCUCGCUUUCUUUUCCUUUGUAUAAAAGUGUAAAUUCGUCGAUUCUUUGAAUUUUAGAAUGUAGAAGUAGGUGAUGCUGUAAAACACACCUAGGCUUCACAUGAACUUGUAUUACCUUCCUUCAGAAUGGAUAGAAAAGAAACAGAUAUAGCUUAUGUUUCUUCCGCAGGGCGAUAUAUCGAAGUCCCAAAUGACAAAAGAGGAAAAAUCAUGGAAACAA